AUGCGACUUGGUCUCUUGGGCCUUGGGUUCAUGGGCAGCGCCAUGGCCCGUAACCUCUCCAAGAAGUAUCCUCUCAUGGUUUGGAAUCGAAGUCCCGCCAAAUAUGCAACGCUCAAGCAAGCCGAUGCAGUCUCGUUUGGAGAAACACCUGCACAAGUCGUGGAGAACUCAGACAUUAUCUUCGUGAUGCUCUUCGACGCCGCAGCAACCCAGUCAAUCCUUGACGCCGAUUUCAAACGAGCUCUUCCCGGAAAAAUAAUAGUCAACACCGGUUCGGUGUCUGUCGAAUUCAGCCAAUUUUUCGACAAAGAGAUCCGAGACGCCGGUGGACAGUUUCUCGAGAUGCCGGUUAGCGGCAGCAAAGUUCCUGCCGAAGAAGGUCAGCUCGUCGGUAUGAUGGCCGGAGACCCUGAUCUGGCAAACACUAUCAGGCCUUUUGUUCAACCAAUCACGCGAUCUGUUGUCUACUGCGGUCCUAUCGGCUCUGGACUGAAAGCAAAGUACGCCGUUAAUACAUCGAUGCUCAUUCUCACCGUUGGAUUGGCUGAGUCGAUGAGUCUGGCCAAGGCCCAGGGUCUCGAUCUGGCAGCGUUCGGACAAGUCCUAGAGGCGUGCUCUAUUGCGUCGCCUUAUUCCAACAUCAAGAUCAGCAAGAUGCUUAAUCAAGAUUGGUCUCCACAUGCCGCGCUUAAGGAUUGUUACAAUAGCACGCAGCUCAUUCAGUCUGCCGCUGCUUCAGCCAACGUAAAGUUACCACUUAUGGAUAAGUGCGAGAAACUAUAUGCCCGGGCAAUGGACGCCAGCCUGGGAGAAGAAGACGUUGUUGCAAUUGCCAAACAGAUUUGGGAUCGCGAAGAAUAG